AUGCCGGGAAUUCUACCUAUGAAGGUAAUCAAGGUGGGCACCAGCUCGCAGAGCCGGAUAGCCCAAGCCUGCGAUCGGUGCCGGAGCAAGAAGAUCCGUUGCGACGGCAUCAGGCCGACUUGCUCACAAUGCGCCAACGUCGGUUUCGAGUGCCGCACCAGCGAUAAGCUGAGCCGCCGCGCCUUUCCUCGUGGCUAUACGGAGUCACUUGAGGAGCGCGUGCGCCAGCUUGAGUCGGAAGUCAGGGAGCUCAAGGAUUUACUGGACGAGAAGGACGAGAAAAUCGACAUGCUGUCAAGGAUGCACGGAAAUCACAGUCACCACUCAAAUCAUCGUAGCCCUUCCGUGGCCGCCGCGUCGGCACACUCACCGGCUGGGUCGUCUGCCGCGGAUGGCAGAGAGAAGUCGGGCUCCCCGCCGAAGGAGGAUACGUUCCGCGUCCAGGCUUCGCCGUUGCUUUUGGGCGUCGAGAACUCGGACUCCUACUUUAUGGGCCCCUCAAGCGGUCGUGCCUUUAUCGAGGCUUUCAAGCGCAAGAUGCAAGAAAAUGGCAAGUCUUGCUCAGACUUUAACCCAGAAGCCUUCCUGCACAUUCAGGGCUGCCAUCCCUUGGCGCCAAAGCCAGAUCAGGCUCUCAGAGUCCCGCCGCGGCUAUUUUCUGAUCGCUGCGUCAAUGUCUUUUUCCAAGAAUGGGCUCCUUUGUUCCCCGUGCUGCACAAGCCGACUUUCCUACAUAUUUACGAGGAAUUCGUGUCAGAUCCUGAGAAGGUGAAAAACAACCACAAGAUUGCGCAACUGUAUCUCGUCUUCGGAAUUGCGGCCCUAGGAAGCGAUCAGCCCGACUUUGAGCAGAUUGCCGUGUGCGAGCAGCAAUGGCAGCGCGCCGUCGAGGCAGUUCUCAUGGAGAACACUAUGGUCACUUUGCAAUGUCUUGAGUUGGCCCUCUUAUACUGCAUUGUGAGAGCGGACUACAAGCGACUUCAGCACUACAAGGGUAUUGCCGUAGGCCUGUCACACCGCCUUGGUCUGCACCAGAGCCAGAAGCGCUUCUCAUUUGGCGCGCUCACCAUUGAGACUCGCAAGAAGGUCUUCUGGACGCUUUACACGCUUGACUGCUUCUCUGGCGCCAUUCUCGGCCUGCCGAAAUUGCUAAAGGAGGAUGACAUCCACGCCGAAUACCCCUCAGAUACCGACGACGAGUAUGUGACUGAGAAGGGUUUCCAGCCUACUCUCCCCGGAGAGUACACUCGCCUGUCCAGUGCGCUCGCCCUCUUCCGGUGCUGCCGAAUUCUCGCCAAGGUCCUGGAGAAGAACUACCCAGCCGCAACGUCUCACGAGCUCUCACUACAGCAAAUGUCAGCCAUGGAGGCCGAGCUAGACGAAUGGUGCGAGUCGCUACCCACUCAUUUGAAGCUCAACUUUGUCCAGGACAAGCCUUCAACCGAUGUCACCGGAAGUCGAUCGCCGUUGCUUGCGCUCGCCUACUAUUACACCCGGACGCUCAUCUACCGACCUGCUGUUGGUUCUUCGCUCGGUCACAAGGCUGCACCUGCCCUCUUGUCGAUUGGCGAGUCCAGCAAACAUAUUGUUCAGAUUGUUCAGCUUCUCGAAGAGCGCAACAUGAACUUCUCUUUCUGCCUCAACAAGACCGAUACCCUAGUCUUGUGCGGCAUGACUAUGCUGUACCAAAGCUUUGAUCUGAAGCAGGACAGCAAGAUGAUGAAGGAUAUUGAGCGCCUUGUUAACAGUGUUCUCAAAAUUCUCACAAAAGCCAAGGCUCCCGGAUCUUUUGACCUUAAGCGUGUCGCCGGCAUGCUCAUCAGACUCGACGAGCCUUCCAUGCCCACACCGCCUCAGCAGAGCCCAGAAGCAUCUAUGCCAGCACCUCAAAGGUCCUCACCACCUGUGUCAGCACCUAAGAAGAAGUCCCCACAACAGACCCUAGGCCGCCUGCCUAAUGCUUCCUCCAGCGAGAGCGAUCUCAUUCAGCAGCAGGAAAAGAUCCGUCGCAUGACGAUGCCCAGUAUCCACAACCGUCCGGAACUGUACCGAUCCCGCUCACGGCAGUCCUUUGACAACUUAUCGCAACAACAAGAAAUGUCGGCCCGUCACCAUCGUCUAUCCAUGUCACAGAUUGCCAACCGUGUUAGGACGUCUGGGAACGGAAAGCAGAACCUCGACUAUCUCUCCCUGAGCAGCACGCCAAACGGCUCAUCGCCCCCGUCACCAACUUCGCUCCGCUUGCAGCAGCACCUUCUCGCUGCAGCCCACCAAACCUUGUACAACUCUCAGCAGCAGCCGCAAAAGACGUCCGGUGUAUCAACGACAGAAUGGGAGGCGCUUUUGGGUUCGAUGGACGGUGGACUGAACAAUGUAUACGACGCCAUCUACGGUGGCCCAGGCCUUGCGCCGAUGAGUGAAACUACACCGGCAUCUACAAACUUAGACAGCUGGUCGCCAGACUCGUGGGACCUGGCUAGCUUCAACAUUGGCGAUUUCGGGACCAAUCCAGCACCGCCGCAGAGUGUCCUAAGUGUCAGCGAGGAAAGUUUGAGUUCGGGCGAGGAUCUGGCGAGUGAUCUUAACAUGAGCGCCAGCAGUUUAGAGUAUCGCAAUGCAUUGCUAGCGUCGUGUGGAGCGAACCGCAACGAUGCAUUGUUCCUCGACGGGCUGGACGGAAAUUAUGGGCUAUGA